UGGAUUCCGAACCCCCCAAAAUACCAUUCGGUUACCUUCGGAAGAGAUCGUCGAUCAGGGCGGAGACGCAGUAAGAUCGAUGACUUUGUGAUGGACUCCAGAACUUAGGAGGACCUCGCCUGAAGACGCAGGUCAAACUUCCUUUUUUUUUUGUCCCUCUCUUUAAGUUUACAUUCUAGAAGCAUGUGUGCGUCGAGUGCGCGGAGACAAAGGUGCGAAGUUCCGUAAAAAAAAAAAAAAAAAAAAAAAAGGAGAAGAGGAGAACCGGUCUUUUAAGGAUGACUUUAGGGACGGACAUGUCCGACAGCUCUGCAUUGUCCGAGGAUGUGGACAUCGACGUGGUCGGCGGGGACGUGUCCGUGGGGAAGGACGGGAAGUACACCCAGUUCGACUCCGAUGAGAGUUACUCGCGGAGCGCCGUGGAGGGAGCGUCGUCGCCGGGGCUCGGCGGCACCGAGUGCCCGGCGGAGCAGAUGGAUCUCACCGGGGAGAAAGCGAGGAAGGGCGCGCUGGUGAAGCCUCCGUACUCCUACAUCGCCCUCAUCACCAUGGCCGUCCUGCAGAGCCCCAAGAAGCGGCUCACGCUCAGCGAGAUAUGCGAGUUCAUCAGCAACAGGUUCCCGUAUUACCGGGAGAAGUUCCCGGCCUGGCAGAACUCCAUCCGGCACAAUUUGUCCCUUAACGACUGCUUCGUGAAAAUCCCGCGAGAGCCCGGGAACCCCGGGAAGGGCAACUAUUGGACCCUAGACCCGGAUUCCGCAGAUAUGUUCGACAACGGGAGCUUCCUCCGCCGGAGGAAGCGCUUCAAGAGGAACCAGAGCAGUGAGAUCCUCCGGGACGCUGGAGGCUUCCUCCCCGGGUUUGGAUACAACCCGUACGGGUACAGCUACGGACUCCAGCUGCAGAACUUCCACGCCGCCGUCCACAACCCGUACCACCCCCACCACACCGGUAACUCCUUCCCGUUCCCGUGCACCUUGCCCUCGCCCAUCUUCCCCGCGGCGCCCGCUCCUCCAUUGCCGGACUUGAGGAAGCCCUUUUACCCGCCCGUGCCGCCUCUCAAGGCGGACUCCAGCGCGCCGAGCCGGUCCUCGUUCUCCAUCGAUAACAUCAUCGGAGCGAGCAACUCCACCGGCUCGUCCUACAGCGCGCAGCCGGGCGGCCCUGCGCACAUCCUGGCUAUGAUCGGCCCGGCGCUGCAGGCCUCCGCUUCCAACCACCUGAGCUUGACACAAGACUUACUACCCGGGCCACAUCCGCAGACUUUCCCCAACAAAAACCUCAACACUUGUCCCUUCUAAAAAAAACAAAAAAAAAACAAAAAAAACAAAAACAUAUUUUUUAUGACAAUAUGGUGUCUAUGUGAAGGUAGGCUGCAUUAUUGGUUAAAAAAAAUAAAAAAUUGGAUUGAACAUAUUUUUAUGACAAUAUGGUGUCUAUGUGAAGGUAGGCUACAUUAUUGGUUAAAAAAAAUAAAAAAUUGGAUUGAACAUAUUUGUAUGGCAAUAUGGUGUCUAUGUGAAGGUAGGCUGCAUUAUUGGUAAAAAAAAAUAAAAAAAUAAAAAAUUUAAAUUGGAUUGAACAUAUUUUUUAUGACAAUAUGGUGUCUUCUAUGUGAAGGUAGGCUGCAUUAUUGGUAAAAAAAAAAAAAAAAAAGAAUAAAAAUAAAAAUUGGAUUGAACAUAUUUUUUAUGACAACAUGUUGUCUAUGUGAAGAUAGGCUGCAUUAUUGGUUAACAUAAAAAUAAAAAAUAAAGAAAAUUGGAUUGAACAUAUUUUUUAUGACAGUAUGGUGUCUAUGUGAAGGUAGGCUGCAUGAUUGGCAAAAAAUAAAUAAAAAUAAAAAUUGGACUGAACAUAUUUUUUAUGACAUUAUGUGGUCUAUGAGAAGAUAAGCUGCAUUAUUGGUUAAAAUAAAAAUAAAAAAAAUAAAAAAUUGGACUGAACAUAUUUUUUAUGACAAUAUGGUGUCUAUGUGAAGGUAGGCAGCAUUAUUGGUAAACAAAAAAAAUUGGAUUGAACAUAUUUUUAAGACAAUAUGGUGUCUAUGUGAAUAGGCAGAAAUAUUGUUAAAAAUAAAUAAAAAAUAAAAUCGGACUGAGCAUAUUUUUAUGACAAUAUGGUGUCUAUGUGAAGGUAGGCUGCAUUAUUGUUAAAAAUAAAUAAAAAUCGGAUUAAACAUAUUUUUAUGACAAUAUGGUGUCUGUGUAUAGACACCAUAUUAACAAUGGUUAAUAUGGUGCAUUAUUGUUAAAAUAAAAAAAUAAAAUAAAAAUAAAAAUAAAAAGUCUAGUGUUUUGCCCUCUCUCAGAGAGUUUAUUUAUGCUUUGUAAAUAAGUGCAUUGGGAGCAAUAUUAUGUGUAAAAAAUAAUAAUAAAAAAGAUAACACCCUGUUUUAAACUAAGUUAAAUGAACGAGGACAUGUUGUGUUUUACUUUACGGAAAACUCAGGGGUUUUCACUUUGAAACAAGUUUGUUUUGAAAAUAUUUAACUUCUCCACAUCCUGUGCAUUAUUGUGACAGACAAACACGCGCAUAUACCUCCAUUCAGAACGUGCAGUUUUUACAUGUCAUGUGUACUUAAUUGUUCAUUAUAGGUCAUUUUUGGUUGUAAUGACAAUGAUAAUAAAUGUUUGUGGAUUUGAAAAAAUAAGAAAUCUUUUCAUUAAUCGGACAAAAAAAAAAAGCACAAACAAGUGGUUUAAAUAGGACAUAUAGUGCUUUU